UUUUCUUUGUGCUCUGUAAAUCGCCUCGUGUUGUGCCCGAGCGGCGGCGAGCGUCUCUAUGCGGUUGCGCGAGCGGGUUGCAGACUCGCACGAGGGUGUCUGAUUUCCACACACAAACCCCGCUCCGCUGUGCUCACCCUCCCGGUGCCGAUGUUGACAAAGAGACGGAGCAGGAGGAUGGUUGCUCAAGCAACAGCGCCAGUCUGAGACCCCCGACGGUGCAUCGGCUCGGAAAAACGAAUACCGGACCUCACUGUAAGUCACAAAGGCUCGCUUUGUGCUCGCUCCAGAUUUCAUUUGCGUUAUUUUCUUACCUCGCGCCCUUACACCCCCCGCUCGCGCUCCGUCUGAUGCUUGUCAUAUGAUGCUCAUUUCUGCCAGUUAAACGCGCUCUCUGACUCUUCCUCUGUUCUUUGUGUUAUUUUGGGUCUGUCCGCGCCUGGUACCCGGUACGGAAUGAAGGUGUGGCAGAUUCGCUAGGAUUCGGAACUGCAGCGGGGCUCUAGGACGCUUCGGUUUGGACGAUUCAGCGGAGGAGGUCCGGUAUGACCGGCAGCCAUCCGAAAGCAUCGACGCACCGAAGCAUGCACGCGGCCCUGUGGGCUUCUUGAUGUUUUGAACGGUAAUCGUGAAGCAAGACCCUGAAGCGCGCUGGACCUCACCGGGGACUCCGCUUUCUCCCGACGCCUCGCGGGGCCCAAGCCGUGCCUCAAGCGCGAGAGCAUGGGUCGGUGCGACGGGAGGUGCACGCUGGUGGUCAUCUGCUGCCUGCAGCUGGUCGCUGCAUUACAGAGGCAGGUGUUUGACUUUUUGGGAUAUCAGUGGGCUCCCAUCCUUGCCAAUUUCCUCCAUAUCAUGGCCGUCAUUUUGGGAGUGUUUGGAACUGUGCAAAUCCGUUCCAAAUAUCUUAUACUGUAUGCUGUGUGGCUUGUGGUCUGGGUUGGCUGGAACUCUUUCAUCAUCUGUUUUUACCUGGAAGUUGGUCACCUGUCACAGGACAAAGAUUUCCUAAUGACAUUUAACACAUCGCUUCAUCGUUCCUGGUGGAUGGAGAACGGGCCUGGUUGCUUAGUUACUCCAGUGCCUGACUCACCAUUGGCUCCUCAGGAUCAUCAUGCGAUCACUGUCAGUGGCUGCCUGCUGGACUACCAAUACAUAGAGGUGGUCAGCUCAGCCUUGCAAGUGUUUCUUGCACUCUUUGGAUUUGUUUAUGCUUGCUAUGUUAGUAAAGUCUUCCUGGAUGAUGAGGACAGCUUUGAUUUCAUUGGUGGAUUGGACUCGUAUAGUUACCAGCCUCCACAAAAGAGUUCUCACUUACAGCUGCAGCCUCUCUAUACGGCUGGAUAGAAACCAGAGGAAAACCCCACCCUCAGAGGAAAACAGCUGCUUAUCUCUGAGAGAUGAAGUCCUCUGCAUUGUGGGAAAUGUUCUACCAGCUUCAACGUCUGUGUCUCUUGAACUUUGUCUCCCUCUAUUGGAGAAAAUCUAUAGUGCCGCACCAGCCAGAGUUCUAGAGAGAGAGCAAGCAUAUGGACAGGACCACAACAAGAUGCUUAAAGCCUCAUUGAGACAAGCAUAAUUAAAUAGGACUUGAAGACAGAAACAAAUCGUCUGUGUGUGUGUGAGAGCACAUAGGCCUUUGUAUAUGUUUGUGUAUUCACAAGGUGGCCAACCUUUGACCCAGGUAAUCUUUGAACACAUCCGGAGCUGCCCGUUCAGCUCUUUCUGGUGUGUGUGUGUGUGUGUGUGUAGGAGAAAGAUGGUUUAUACUCUGAUAUAAGACACUAUAAUGUAAUGUGUUAGAUGAAUGUUUUAGGUUGGGUAGAUGUGUAUUUGGGGAAUGCUGUAGGACUUUGUGCAUGUAAAAACUCACGAUAGAGGAGUUGUGCCUCUGGGUGGCCCACAUGUGUCUGCGUGCAUGAUUGUGUCGAUGUACACGGACUACAAGUUUUGAUAUGUACUUAUGCACCUAACGCAUAAUGUGACUAGCCAUAAAUGUUUAUUUGAACACAAGCUUAGAAUGAAUGUAUGUUAAUGUACAAUACUUGUUUCAGGAAGGCUGUGUUUAUAUGAGUGAGUGAGAGAGAGUGUGGGUGCGAGAGGGACACACCUGAAGGGUGGGACAGUUCAGCAUAAUAAACUCUUUCGAGAUGAUUCUUUAUCUUGGUCACUUCUAAAUGCACCAUA